CAAAACCGGCUCGGAGAUAAAAGGACAACGACAUUAUCUCCGUCCUCCUUCCCGCUGCCGCCCACGCGUUGCUCUCCCAACUCUGCCUUCAUCUUCCUUCAUGUGCUGCCAUAUGGCUAUGCGAUGACCCACGAUGCCCAUCGAGACGGUCAAAGAUGGAUAAUGACACAGAAGGCACGCCCAAACGAGGCAAAAAGGCCUGCACGCAGUGUAGGCAGCAAAAGGCAAAAUGCGAUGCCUAUCUGCAUUCGGAUCGACCUUGCACUAGAUGUGUCAAGAUGAAAACUCAAUGCGUCAUCUCCGAUCCCUUUCGAAGAGAGCAUAAGCGCCAACGACUAUCUGAACUGGAAAAUGAGACCGAUGAGCUGCGCCGAAGGCUGGGGUCCUCUCAAAGUACUCAACCUCAGUCGUCCCCGAUCGCAAUGUUGACGGCUGCCGCGGAAAUGGAAGCUCAUGGUACGGGCAAUAGGGCUGGGGCCCACCCAACUCCUCAGUCUCAGGCGCCAGCUUCGGCCUACGCGCCGCAAUUGUCGCCUCAUCCUCCGGUCUUCAUGGGUUCAUCUCUGUCUACCUCGGAAAUAGCCCCGAGAGAGCGGGUUCUAGGCGCUUCCGAGCCACGGAGUUUGAACAACGUCCAUAUUUCUGGGGUUGAAAUUGAUGAAAUGUUUCUUCUGUUCUUUGAUGAGCAUGCACCCUUUUUGCCCAUACUAGACCCUCAAACAAAACCGGACUCCUAUUAUGCGCAGUCACCGUUUCUCUUCUGGGCUAUAAUUGGGGUUGCGUCUAGGACCUACCCACGAAACCCGACGCUUUUCUCGGCUCUUGGUCAGAGCAUCUUAGAAAUGGCCAUGGUGUCGAUCGUGUCAACGUCACCACAGUGGCACACCAUCCAAGGAUUCCUGAUCAUUCUCACGUGGCCUUUUCCCAAGGGAAAUAUUAAACCAGACGUGACAUUCGUACUGGGAGGAGCAUUGCUGCAUAUGGCCAUGCAAAACGGACUUCACAUUCCAAUGUCCAGUCACGAAUUUGCGAAAAUCAAAAUUCCGACUCCAUCUGAGGCGGAUCUAAUUAGGCGCUCGGAACUGUGGGCUCACUGUUUCAUCGCAUAUCAGCAAUCAUGCAACAAAAAAGGACUGGCCCCUCGCCCGCUCAACGAUUUAGAGCCGGAUCCGGGGCAACGUCAAAUUCUUUUCAGAAAAAUCUCACCCGCUCUGGUUUUGCAUCUCAAAGCCCACGACCUCGUCACGCGGUGUAGCACGGCCAUGACGGAAUUCGGCGUACGAGUCAUGUCUCGGGAACAGGAAAGAGGCCUAGACGUUCUGUUGCGAUCGCUUGAAAGUCAAGUCAGCAGCCUAGAGGCAGAGACUGAUUCAGACGACCAAAGAUUUCAUACCACCGUCUGUCGCCUACACGUUCAAGUCUUUAAUUUCUUCAAGACCCACGCCCCAAUUUCUGAAGACUGCGUUUCUCGAAUCAUGGCCACUUCUUGUGCUAUAAUAGACUACUUACAGAGUCUAAACCAAAGAUUGUCAAGUCUCGGCACGGCUCCUACUCAAAUGCUGUUUGGCUUAAUGCUAGCCUCAAGCUCCCUCCUGCGCAUACUCAAGGGUCCCGCAGUGAACGGCCUAGAUAUCGAAAAGGCCAAAACAUCAUUCUUCACCGCGAUCAAUCUAGCACGGCAAAUGUCGACGGAUCAACACGAUGGCGCAGCAAUGCUCGUGACUAUUAUGAGUCAGCUUUGGAAUAGCACGAGGGUCUUUCGCAAAUCUGACAGUGGUGAACACACCGCUCUUCGAAUCCGCAGCCGACUUGCUGCAAGUAUUGUCAUCGACGUGGUCUGGUGGUGGCGGGAAGAAUUUGAUCCUCAGUGCCGCCAAAUAGCUUCUUUGCAGGGAACCACAUCUGAUGGAACUACAUAUAAUCGUGACAGCCUCGGAACCCUUACAAAUCCGUCACAUGGGCUCGUUGAAAAACAAGAUCCCAUACAUUUUGAUGACCAGUUCAUUGCCGAAUUUGAGUGGGCACUGGGAGAUGAUGGAAUGCUUUCUUCUACGGAGCCAUUUGACUUGGCAUGGCCAUCUGCUGGUCCUGUUUAACAAGCCGAGACGCGCUGACGUUGGUGACAUUAUGGUCUUUCGGACUAAAAUGGAUUUGACUGCCUCGAAGGGCACUAUCUCAGGUCAAGUUACAUCCUUUGCUAUCACGCGAUCAAUUAUGGUUUCUGUGUAACAUGCCAUGGAUGCCACAUUACGGACGAUUGGACAUCCCAAAGGAUUCCUGGGACCCAUCGGAGGAAGUGACCAUAUGGAAUGGGCUGAUCGGUACAAACUUCGGGC